UGUGGUGAGCCCUGCACCAUGCCGCUCUGGAACAGGCAGCUCGGACGCCCAGCUCUGCUGCCCCGGCUGGCUGUGGGGUCCCAGGUACAGUACUGUCAGCCCCUCAUUCCCACCCUAAGGGGUCCCAAAGGGGACAGCCCCUACAGGGGGCUUCCCUAGGACCAGAGAGGAGGACAAGGGGCAACGGGUCAGGAAGCCACGGUGCCCUGGUCUCAAGGCACCUCCAUCGCAGGACUGGUCUUGCCAAUAGCCUCCCACCCCCUGGGUCCAGCGGUACCUGACCAAGGGCUAAAGGGCAGCCCCCCAUCGGGGGCUGAGAGGUUAGGGCUCCCAACCAAGAAGGGUUGCCUUGAUUCAGUGAGAUGUAGGGAGGAGGGCUUUGUCAGCUGGGGAGGUCUGGGUUAGGGGCACAGACUCUGACAGUAGCCUUAGGGGGAUGGUGGGAACCAGGAGGCUUGUUCUGUUCUGGGAUAUCCUCCCCAGGCAGGGGCAGAGCCAGUCUCUCCCUGAUGAACCCUGAGUGGGGUCUGGCCGCACUGGUGUGACCUUGGUAGGCUCAGAAGAAGCCCAGCAGCCUGUCCCAGCCAAGGCUGGUGGAAGGUCAUCCCUAAAGACUGGUCGCCUGCUGGACACCACGGCCCUUCCCCCCGUGGCCAGCUGCCACCUGGGGCACAUUGGGACACUCCAGAACUAUCACUCAGGUGAACUGAACCCUAGAGGGUGGUCCUUGAAAUGGGCUUUGCUGCGUCGAGUUGGCCUUUGUACUAGCAGCUCUGCAGGGAAGCUAGAGGCUGCCUCAGCUGAACAGAAAAAACACACCUUGAGGAGGGAAACUUCUCCUGGGGGUGAGGAGCCCUGUGUUUUAGUGAACUUCACUGACUCCAACCCAGGAUUGUAGCAACAUGUCCUUUUAAUGUUACCAUUUGCGCUCAACUGGGGAGCAGGGAAGCCAGGAAUUUUGGAUGCUCCAACUCCGGGAAGCAGCACAGCUUCUCUCUGGACUCUGUUCUGCUCUCUUUCAGGACAGAAAUGGAGGGCUGGCCUCUGGGCCAGGGAAACCCAAGGGGGCAGGCGGGGUGGUGGCAGUGAGUGCAGGCUGGGGCCCCAGGCCUGGGUCUGUGAAGAACCUGGUCUGUGGCUCAUGUGCCUCUGCUGACCCAGAAUGGAGAAUUUCCAGUACAGCGUCCAGCUGAGCGAUCAGGACUGGGCUGAGUUCUCAGCCGCUGCCGAAGAGUGUGGCCUCCUGCAGGCUGGCCUGGCCUCUGGGGAUGAACCCUUGUCUAGCGACACUGACCAAAGGGACAGCAGUGGCAGCAGCCCCCCAGGAUCCUCACCCUUUCUCGAGGGGCAACUGGCUCCCGGAGGAAGUAGCUGGCCCAGCUUUGAGGAGGAGGACAAGGCUGCAACCCGGCAGCUAGUCAGCAGGUCUUGGCAUGAGCCCAUGCUGGCCCCAGAGGCCUGUCAGCAGACGCCCAGCACGUCCGCACGGUCAGAAGCUCGGCUGUCCCUCAGCCCCGGUGCCACCCCUUUCAUCCAGGGCUCAUCCCUCCUGGGGCCAGUGUCUUCCAGAGACGAGAUGCAGAGGCUUCUGCGGGGGCCAGCCCCCCGGGGCCCUGCCCCUGCUCCCGCUGGUGAGCCCGCUGGGAGUCCUGAGUCCCCUGGCCACAGUGCUGCCCCCCAGAGGUCCCCUGGCAGCCCUGGAGCCCCGCCAAGAAGCCCUGGCCGAAAGAAGAGGCGCACUGCAGGCACCAAAGCGGGUGGGUGUUCCGGUGGCCCAGGCCCUGCUCCCACCCAGCUGGGUUCCCCACUGCUCACAGAGGCCAAGCCUGAGGACAGCCUCGGCCCUGCUGGGUCCAGGGGGAAGGGUCUCCUGGCAGGAGCAGCAAAGCAGACAGCAGGAACUGGGCCAGAGUCUGCAGGAGCCCCCGAGCAGGUGGCCAGACAACGGCCAGGUGUGGAUCUGCCUACGUCUGUCCCUACUACUGAGCAGGGAACAGACCGACUUGGAAUGAGCCCCAGAGCUGAGCCAUGCGCUGCGUCCACGUCUGACCCGGGGGCUCCUCUAGACGUCACCAUUAAGUCAGACGUGGCUCUAUCCACACCUGCCUCCAAACCUCAACCUGAUGAGUCUCAGUCUACACCUGCCUCCAAGCCUCAACCCGAUGAACCUCAGUCUACAUCCGCCUUCAACGCUCAACCCGAUGAACCUCAGUCUACAUCCGCCUUCAGUCCUCAACCCGAUGAGCCUCAGUCUACACCUGCCUUCAAGCCUCAACCCAAUGAACCUCAGUCUACACCCACCCUCAACGUUCAACCCAAAGAGCCUCAGUCCACACCCACCUUCAGUCCUCAACCUGAUGAGCCUCAGUCUACACCCGCCUCCGAACCUCAACCCGAUGAGCCUCAGUCUACACCCACCUUCAAGCCUAGACUGGAUGUGGACCUGCUUGUGCCGGGCCCAGUGGUCCAGCCAGAGGUGGAUUCAUCUAUGCCUGCCUCAAAGGCUAUACCGUGCACAGCUCUGCCUCACCGUGUGCUCGAGGCUGGGUCUGAUGUGGGUGUGUCUACACCACCUGCUCCCACACCCCAGGCUGGGCCUGACAUGGUGGAAGCAGAGGUUGUUCCCGUGGCCAAGCUGGGUUUGAGCCCUGUUUGGUCUUUAGAGGGGCACCAACAGAAGCCCAGAGGGGAGCCCUCAAUAGAUGCCCCUGGACACCACACUGGGGAGCCCCCUCUAGGCCCCAUCCAAGCACCCAAGAAGAAGAAAGUGCGAUUCUCCAUGGCUGUGCCCAGCUCCGAAGAGCCAUGGUCAGGAGAGGUCUCAAGCCCACCCUCUCCGGCCACAGCCCCCAGGAUGGCAUCUGGGGGCCACAGAGGUUCUGGAGCCUGGGACUCUGUGGCAGUUGGGCCCCGGAGCCCCCAGCCUCGGAUUCUGAAGCACCUGCCCCCGCCUGCCCCCUCUGCCUCCAUGGGGCCAGGGCCCAGGAGCUGCUUUGCAGUGACCCUCCCAGAAGCCUACGACUUCUUCUUUUGUGACACCAUUGAGGAGGAGGACGAAGAGGCUGAGGGGGCAGCAGAGGCUGCCCAGGCUCCAGCUGAAGUCCAGUGGCCGGAUGUGUGUGAGUUCUUCUUCCAAGACAGCCAAAUCCAGAGGUCGAGGCACCAGGAGGGCCGCUCCCAGGCCCCACCCCUACAGGCUGGGCCUGUGCCGGCCCCUCCACCUGGAGACCCCAUGCCAAUCUCCAUCCCUGAGGCAUAUGAACACUUCCUCGAGGAGGACAGGUCAGGGGGCACCCUGGGGCCAGCCGCCCUUCUCCAGACGCAGGUCACAGAGCCCCCCAGGUCAGUCCUCUGGGGAGUGGGGACUGGCGCCCCUCCGGAGUCUAGCCCAGCCACAGUGGAACAGCUCACCCUGGCCAUCAGGGAAGCAGUGGCACCCCGGGGUCCCCUCACCUCGUUCACCUUCAGCCAGAAAGACAUGUGCAUGGUGUUCGUAGCCUUUGCUACCUGGGCUGUGAGAACGUCAGACCUGCACGCCCCAGAUGCCUGGAAAACAGUGCUGCUGGCCAACAUUGGCACCGUCUCUGCCAUCCGAUAUUUCCGCCGGCAGGUGGAGCGGGGGCGCCACAGCCGUAGUCGCAGCCCCAGCCCCAGCUCUAGCCCCAGCCCCUAGGACCCAGGUUCGGCCCAGGAAGACGCAGGACAAGGAAAUGUCCACAGAUGCUCAGGACAAGGCACUGCCCUCAGGCCUUGCCCUCUGACUCUUUGUGUUCUGCAGUGUCUAAGAUGGAGACUGCGUCCUUGGUCCCGGCUCCCCUGGACUCCACUGAGGGUCUGACCAGUGGCCGAGGCCAAGGCUGUGCUCCACGCUUGGGAGCAGGGAGAUUCUGAAAGGCUGGGCAGGUAGGGGCUGAGCAGGAAGCUGGUUAGUAAGGUGGCCAGGUUAGCAAUAAAAAACACAGGGUAUCCAAUGAAACUUGAAUCUCAGACACUCAGGAUGAGACCCACUUACACUAAGGAACUGUUUGUGGUUUAUCUGAAACCGGAAUUAACUGGAAUCCUCAUCCUAUGUGGUUAUACUUCUGGAGGGAGGGCCACGACAGGGCAGUGGAAGUUAGAGGGGUUCAGAGCAGCAGCAAGGCCCCAGAAGGAGAUCCGGGCAGGGGGCAAGGGCAAGGAGGCAGAGAGCCUCGAGGCUGGGGGUGGGGGCACUGUCCCAGCCUCUGCCCUAUAUACAAGAGGCUGGGCCAGUGGAGGCCUCUGAGGCUUCUCUGACCCUGGAACCCCAAAGGUCUGGUCAAGGCCUCCUUGGUUCCUGCCUGAGAUGGUGAGCAGGUACCCAGAGGGGUAGGGGUCCGUAGGCAGGGCCGGGAGCCCAGCCUCUGGGGUGCCCUGGAGGAGCUGCAGAGAUGGAAGGCAAGGGUAUCGGGUGGAGGGAUUGGACACCUGGCUUUGCCCAGGGCUGAGAGGAGCUAGAGAUGGGACAGGAAAGUGGGCACGGCGCAGGCAGUGGUGGAGCAAGGGGUACUUGGGUGGGUGUCCAGCCCUGGAAGCAGCACAUGCAGGGCCCCCAGGACGCAGGAGACUACUGGCUGCUGAGGACAGGACGCAUGGACACACAGCACCAAUAAAACCUCCUCUUUCCUUCCUG